AGGGACCUGUAGAGAAGUUAAUGAAGAUAUGUCCAGGGUGGGCGGAUUAGUUUAUCUCACACCGGAUGAUCAUUUGCCAAGUAUAUUGAAAGGCAACUUUAUUGUGGCCGUCCAUCUACCCUAACCAGGUUAGUGUCAGCGCCAGGGGCCGGGGCUCUGUUGGAAGAGCUGCCUCUCCAGACACAGCUCUCCAGCCGCUUCGGGCUUGGUUGGUAAUUAGUACAAUUUCUUUGCAAAUGAAUUGGAUGCUUGUGAGAACAGGAGGAGGGAGGGGAUUCUGCUAAGGCUACUCUGUCCUGGCUCAGUGGCCCCCUCCCCUACUGCAAGCCCAGCCAUGGUGUCCCCCACUCAGCUCUGCUGAUGCCCCUCAUUCCCAGUUACUAUCCCUCUUGCCAUCCCAGUCCUGGGAUUCACCCCCAACAGUUUUGCUGAUCCUCCUCAGACCUGAUUCACUGUCCCUUCUGGUUGCCCCCUGACCCCUCAGCUCCAUUGCUCCAGGCCACUCAUGACCAGAAAUUUCCACUGCCCCUAACCACCCGGUGGCUUUAUGACAGCCCCAGAUUCCAGCCUCCGUGGAUCAAACAUGCCUGAGCCCAAAUUCUGGCCUGUCUGCAGUGCCUUGCCCUACAGGAGUGCCUCCCUGUUUACACACAUGGGACAAGCCCCUUGUCAUUCUUCUGGGUCUCCUUAGUGCUGCCUGUACUGGGGCUGAGCUUGCAACUAGCACAACUCCCAGCACCAGUUCAGGGCACUGGGAUCUGGUGCUGCCAGUGUGGGAGGGGGAAACCUGUCCCAGGGCCUUGCCUGCUUCUCCACAUCACUCAGCCUCCUAGCUCAUUUCGGCCCCUUAAACAGGGAGGAAUCCACAAAUGCUCCUCUCCAAUAAUCCCAUUGGGCAGCCCAAUCUCCUUUGCAACCCCCCACCCCCAACCUUUUGCAUUUGACGGGAAAGGGCUAAUUGGACCAGCUGAAUGCAAACCAAGACAGUAAUGGAGUUAGCGGGGAGUGGAGGGGAGAGCCAUGAGUGCCCUGUCAAUUGUGGCUGUGAAAUAUCUCUGCGCAGCUAGAUAACACGAGGCCUGGAACAGGUUAUCAGUCCCACAUGCUUUCAGGCUGUUUUGGAAAAGGCUUUUCAGCCCAUAAAUUAUGUCAGCAAAAGGCCAUUAAAAGGGAGCGAUCCCAGCUGAGCCAGGCUUGGCAGGGGGUGAAAAAUGCAUUUUGAUUAGCUAGUGGCUGGCUGUUUUGGGGCAGGGCCAGGGGUGGUUGCUUUCAGUGCUGUCUGUUGUGGGAGGAGGAGGCUGCUGGGACAGGGAUAGUCGAAGGUCCGCCACCUCCUGCCACGUGAAUUCACUGCUGAGGGAAGAGUCUGGGUCUGCAGACCCCCAGAACUGUCUGCUAAACCACAGAGCUGGAGUUGCCAUCCACUAACCCAGACCAGAUGGAGUCAGCCGGUUCAUGUUCUCCCUGGCCUGCUCAGUCUGUUAUCUCCUUGCUGAGGGCAGGAAGCCACUUGGAGUGGGUCUCUUUCAGUGGGGGCCAAUCUUUUUUGCAGGAGUGUCACAAAUUAGUCCUGUACCCUCCUCAAGUGUUACUCUGAUCCCCUUCCUCUGCCUGACUUGCUGCUCUGCUUUCUGCUCCCUGCCCGGCUGACCCUGACUGAUCUGCUGCUCUGUUUUCUGCCUCUGUGUUGCCUGUCCACUCCCUGAUCUGCUGCGUGCCACACACAAAGGCUGCCUGUGCCAUUUGUGCCACAGGUUGGCCACUCCUGGUCUAUACCAUCUCUGAUCAGGCUUGAGAGGACUGCCAUGAACACACACUCUAUUCACUUUCUCCUUGGCAAAUGCCAGGAGAGUGCCCCAGGGCCACCAGAAGAGCUGUGCAUGGAUUGGUGGCCAUUGGCACACCUUAGACUUAGAGUAGCAUGAGGCAAACCCCAUGCAGCAGCUGUUUUCCAUUGCGUUGGGCUGCUACCUAGGGAGUGGGUGCUCCUGGCCGGGGUGGAGGUGUACACAUGUGCCCUGAAGAAGCCCCUCGAGAUUCCACAGCCCUUCCUGCCAGACCCCGGGUGUUGACUCCAGUGUCCCAGUAACAGCAACGUGAUUAGACUGGACUCAGGCCUGCAGAGUAGUCUCCUGAGCCAGGCUGUAGUGUUCAAGCCAUUGGCAAGAUCCAUGCCAGAGGUGGGUCUGUGAGGGGUUCCACUUGUAACUGCCUCCCUCUCCAAAACAUCAGCCAGCCUUGGAAGAAAAGUGUUGGAAAUGAGCUUUUUCAGGAAGAAAAUGUAAACCUGAAGCCUGAAAGGAACAGGAGAUUUCUGUGGACCUGGUAGAGAAAUGGUCCGGUUGCUACUAUCUCCCUUUCCCUUUCCCCUUCCUCAGAGCAGGACCUAGAGCCCCAGUGCCCUAGUGCCCAGUCCCCUACUGUAACUGCUAGUUUCAUCUCUCUGACCUAGGACUAGAAGGCAGGAGUCUUGAACCUAGCCUGCCUCUUCUACCACUAGAUCUUUCCUCCUCCCAGAACUGGGUAGGGAACCCAGGUUUUCUAGCUCCCAGGUCCCUUUUUCCAGACAUUAGUUCAGUGGUUUUCAACUUCUUUGGGCACAAGACACCCCUUCCUGGGCACAAGGCACCCCUCCAUAUCAUUUGUGAACUGAGUGGCAUCCAAUUUCAAAAACGAAUCUAUGUCUAUUAGUGCUUACCUCCUUGCAGAGGGGCCAGGCUGUGGGCAUAGGGGAUUGCUCAGGCAGGAACAAACCUGAGCCUGCCCUUAUCUGCUUAUCUCUUCAUACCUCCUUUAUCAUCUCACACUUUGAGGCACCCUUCAAAGAAUCUGGUAGUGCCCCUACAAUGCUGUGGCACCCUGGUUAAGAAUCGCCGCACUAGUUUCUACCCACCUUCUGGACGUAAAUCCCCUGCACUGAGUCCUGAAGCUCUGAGCUGGAAAUAUGAGUCAGUCAUGAGCUACAGCACCCCUUCGCCAGGGAGCCCUAUCAUCCAGGGAAGCUCCAUAUACACGCAUGUGUGCAUGUAUACACACGCAUGCACACAUACAUAUACUCACAUGUUCCCUCCCAGUGUGGGAGGGCAGUUUGGGUGUCCUAGUACAUUCUAUCCCAGCUGAGGGGAUGUUUUCCACAUGACGUCCCCAGGCAGAGCUCAGAAUGCUGUUCAUCUGUUCCCCGCAGAGCGUGGGGCCCCUUGCUCCCCAGCUGGGGGCUGCUGGAUGAGGAACAGCAGGGUCAGGUUUCGGGAUGAACUAAUCCCCCAAGCCCAGCAAGCAGCAGGCCGUGAACUCCACAGCCCAGGCCAGGUGCCCAAUCCAGCCCGUCAAUGAGAAACCCAACCUGCCUUCACCACCCCCUCUCCCUCCUUCAGUUUUUCACGUGCUCCCACUUCCUUUUCAUGGCCUGGCGUGCCUGGCUUAUCUUCUCCUGGCCUUUGACUUAAGCCAUGGGCGAGCUGAGUUUGGUGGGCCUCAGCCCCCAGAAGCUGCCCUACCACUGAGCACCUGGGCUUAUCAGCUACCUUAGCAAGGUGUUCCCUAGGGGAGGUGUGGUAUUGGCCCUAAGUGUGUUGGGGGGGAAAAGGGGGAGCCCUGGCACACAGGCAUGGGGGUGAAGUGGGAUAACAGGCAUUUACAGCAGCAAUGCCCCUUUGCAAACAACAGGGUGUAACACAGUGGGCAGCUGCUGGGUGUGCUGCCCUGUUAGGAGACCAGGGCUGUAUGGCACCUGAUCCCCUGCAGCCAUGGAAGGGGCUCUCAGCUUCCACUGAUUCCACUCCUCUGUGUGUGCAUCUGGACUGUACUGGGGCCCAGGGGUUAACAGUUGGCUCACUUCCUUUCAGCGCAGGUCUAGUUUUUAGCAUUGAGAGCUGCAGGGGAGAGCGGGUGGAGAGCUAGGAGUCAGGACUCCUGGGUUCUAUUCUCUGCUCUGAAUGGGGUACAGGGUUGCUGUGUUAGAGCAGUGAGAUUGGACUGGCUCAGGCCUCCUAGGUUCUGCCUGUGGCUUAGGGGAAGUAGUAGCAUCUAGAGGAUUAGGGGAUGUUGGUGGGAAAGAAGUCUUGAGUUAUUGCUGUGAGUAAAGAGAGGGGGAGCAGGGUAGGGGUUGGUAGCCAGGACUCCUGAGUUCUCCCUGUGUGCUGAGCAGAGCAGAGCAGAGCAGAGCAGAGCAGAAUGGCUCAUGCUCUUAAAGGCAAAGGAACAGUCCUGCAAAGCUCCACAGUCCGGAGAGGCCCAGCAUUAGCCCUUCGACUUUCCAAAGGCUGCAUGAGGGAAGGGGCUAGCAAGAGCAUAAAUAUUGACAUGUCUCAUGGGAGCCCUAGUGGGGGUGGGGGGUUUCCAGUAACACACAGACUGAGGCAGUGUCCGGUGUCCGGAGCACUGGAGAGUGACUGUGCAGGACAGAUAUAGCCCCUUACGCCACGGGUAUCAGAAAUAGCAGCAGGGAGGCUAUAUAUGCCCAGGCUGGGUAGCUGCAUCCCACAGGCUGGAGGCACACACACACCUGGCAGAGGAGCAGGCUCUGGACACAGCCAUGUUUGGCAAAAGCGUGGUGCUGCGCAGCGCGGGGCUGCUGUCGGCAGCCGAGCUGGGCUGCCUGGUGCGGGAGGAGGACAUGGGACGGAAGGAGUCCUUCCAGGCCGAGUGGAAGGACCUGUUGCUCUCCACCAGGCCCGAGAAGGGCUGCUCCUGGCGGGAGGUGAAUGACCAGCACAAGGAGACAUUCUGGCAGCAGCAGGAGACUCGCAUCGUGGUGCAACGAUCACCUUGGCAGGUGCUAUGGCUGGGCCGCCUGGGUGAGCCCCUGGCCCAGUACCACCUGCCAUACCAGCGGGUCCUGCCCCUGCCCAUCUUCACGCCAACAGACCUGAGUGCUAAGGCCAAGCGGAUGGCCACCCCACCCCAGCUGCGCAACAUGCUGGACUUUGAGGAGGCACUGGCCAGGGGUACCCAGGCCAAUGGGCUUUGCCCAAACAAGACGGGUGUGGCUGAGAUCACCAAGGAGCUGCCCCCUGUCAUCCAGCCCAGCCGGCCCAGCUUUGGCAAGGACGGCCUGCCCCGCUCCCUGUCCCGCUCCAUGUCCCAGGAUGCCCAGAGGGGCUGAAGAUCUGGGGGGCACCCCCAGCCAGAGGGCAUCAGCUUCCAGCUAGGAAGAACUCUAGAGCUAGUGCUGCCUGCAGGCAGAUGUGUCAUCCUGUGUGUGUUAGAGCUGUGUCUAUGGAGGACCCUGGGUGGUUCCCUGGGUGCCAGGGUGAAUUGUGCCCUGCUGCAGGCACAGGGCAUUUUUCCCCAGGCGCCCUUCACCACGCUUUGCUGCUUUCCUUAGUUGCCAGGGGUUUUACGAGGGGGCGGGGAGUCAGGCUAGGAGUCAGGCAAGGGGGCUGAGAUCUGGCAUGCUCAGCAAACCGUAGGGGCAUGGUGCUAUGGGGAGGCAGGGUUGGUAGUGGUUAGGGCAAGGUAAGGGGAGAGUGGAUUCAGAAGCCUGGGUCUGUUCUGCAUUCUGGGGUAGAAAUAAGGUGAUUAAAGGAUUUCAGAGGACUCUUCCCAGAUGUGUGUGGUUAAGUGGUUAGUGAUGGGGCAGCUAGGAGCCAGGACUCCUGGGUUCUUGUCCCAGAUGUGGGAGAGGAGCAUUGCCUAGUGGUUAAACUGGAAGGAUCUUCAAGAGUUUUAGGUUCUCCACCCAGCUUUUCACCCAACUCCCCCUCAGGCACUCCCCCUGUCUAUGACUCAAUUUCCCCAGGGGUAAGCUGUGGGGAUACUCAGCUGCUUCAUGUGAGUCAGGGGUUAACACUUGAGUCCCUUGGUGGGAGGGGAAGGUGCCAGGAUCCCUGCUCUUGUGUCUCCCCAUGUGCAGGGGAGGUGGAGGAGAUAUUUCCCACCACCCACUGGCCCAACCUCAGUCUCUUCUUAUGGGCCAUGGGGUUAGGGCCCAAAAGACAGACACUCCCAGCUGGAGCAGGGCAGAGAUGGCAAUGGUAUGUGAAUGAUGGUGAAGGGAAAACUAGGCCAUGAUUGGGGCAAGUGAUAGGCCCUCUGCAGGGAAGGACAGUGCAGCAGAGGCUCUUCCAGACCAGGCACGAGUGGCAAGGAUGGAAAUGCCAGUCCCCUCCAUAGGCGAGGUUCCACUGACCCUGUAGCCCACAGGGCAGGGAGCCCUUUAAAACCAGUCUGGUGGGGAGGAGCAGGUUAGGGCUGAUGUGGAUGCCGCUGAGAUGGGUUGAGGUGGGAGGGGUACAGUAGGUGCUUAACGCAGGCUCAUUCUGGGGGAAAGGGCCCUGCCUAUUGUCACAUCCAUGGGUGGGGGUGUCUGUCCAUGGAACUGGUUUUUAUAUUGCAAUAAAAUUCCAAUAUUGUAUUGCACUAAAAUUCUUUGUAUAAUAAUAAACUUCCAAGUCCUU